AUGUCGGAAGAACAAUUCUUACAAAGGUGUACCGAAAUAACCGACAUCAACGCCAAACUACACGCAUUUGAGGAAGGGGUAUCGCGAUGGCCUCAACUGAAGCCUGUUUGGACCGCUUUUAUAAAGACAGCAGUUGAGGACGCCAACAUUCAAGAUGAAGAGACCGAAAGAGUGUAUCAGCAAGCGGUGACGAGUUUGGUAACUGACAGCGAGGUCUGGGUCGAGUAUUUGGCCUUCCUAAUCGGGAAGUCUACAGACAUCUCAUGGAUUAGACUAAAAUUCAAUCAAGCACUAAUGGUUGUUCCAUUGGAAGAGCAUCUGAGUAUUUGGAAACAAUAUUUACGGUUUGCAGAUAAGGCGGGGGGGCUCACUGGCACUAGCAUUGUGCUACGGUAUUUGGAAUAUGCCACUGACGAAGAUCUCAAUGGUAAAGUGGGGGACCCCGAACUAUGGACAAUUGAUCAAGUGAUACUUAAGCUUGCCGAGUUUGGAGAUACUAGACAGCUGUUAUUGGUUUACACACGACUUUCGCGACAUUUCACUAGACUCGGACUAUACUUGAAAAGAACAAAGAUUCAAAUCUGGAGUGAAAUGAUGGAGUUGUUUCUGGGUAAAAAUUAUGGUGGUAAUGGUUUAGAUGAAAAGAUUGAAACCAUAGCUUUCCUGUUAAGUAAAGAGUUUCCUGAUCAAGAGGCUACUGUUCAUUUGAAGCUUGCGUUGUACUUUAUGUCGCUGCUGCAAGACAUCGGUAAAGUGCGACAUUUAUUUGAUUUAGGUAUCAAGACAUGCAAGACAGUGAAGGACUUUGUUCUUCUCUACGAUACAUAUACUGGAUUUGAAGAGAGACUAUUGACCAAAAGGCUAGACGCUGAAGAAGAUGAAGGAGAUUAUCGUCAACUUGAUUUGAGAAUGCAUAAACUAGAACAACUCUUAGAUUCACGACAUUUGAUGAUGAAUGACGUUCUACUUCGACUGGACCCUAAUAACAUUGAUUAUUGGUUUGACAGACUUGAAAUAGUCAAAGAAGAUAUGAAUAGUACUUUGGAAACUUAUGUUAAGGCCAUCUCCACUAUAAACCCCUUGAAAUAUGUCUCCUAUAAUAACCACAAUUUACCCGAAUUGUGGAUCAAUUAUUCCAAAGUCUAUUCCUCCAAUGGAGAUACCACGACAGCUGAAUUGAUCUUCUCCAAGGCAGUUGAGUCCCAGUACAAAUCCAGCGACGAGCUUGCCCAAAUAUACAUCAGUUGGUGUGAUCUACUACUUGAAAUGGACUGCGACAUUAGAGCCAUUCAGAUUCUAGACGACAUAUUAAAGGACCUGAGUCAAGCAAAGAUCGCCAGCAACUUAAAGGUAUGGGAAUAUUACAUUGAUUUGAUAGAGUCGGGUGUCACUGAAGGGGACGAGUCUCAAAUCAACACUGUUGUUAAUGCUUACGAACGAAUGAUAACCAGGAAAGUUGCUACGGUAGUCAACAUCUUGGGCUAUGCAAUGUUCUUAUCAGCAUGGGGCUAUCAUGAACGGGCAUUCAGUGUAUAUGAACACGGUUUGCGUUUAUUCAAGUUGGAACCAACCAUCAAAUUUGAAAUAUGGAAUGUUUAUUUGGCCAAACUCAUGUCUUCAUCUUUGUCUGCCCCAGAAAGAAUACGCGAUGUUUUCAAUCAGUGCAUCGAUGAUCUUCCAGGUAAGUUUCUCAAGCCAAUUAUCAUUCUUGCAGCAGACUUUGAAGCCAAAACUAUGAAUUCUGUUGUCCAAGCCAUCAAAUGUCUUCAACGGGGUGCGACAUUAGUCCCUGACUCCAAAGAUAAAGGAGACAUAUUUCGUCUUUUGAUAGCAAAGCUCGACGACUUGAAUGAUCCUUCAGAGUAUCGAAGAUACAUGGAACAGAUAAUCAACGAUAAUAAUAAGGAAUUAGCCCUAAUGGAUCUCGUGGACUUUAUCCAAGCGUUUAUUGACUUUGAAACCUCCCAAAAUCAAUACCCAAGAGUUAGACAAUUGUACAUGUUUGUCACCGGUUUGACACCACCUAAGUUGUUGCAAUCCACAUGGUCCAAUUGGGAGAAGUUUGAAGUGGCCCAUGGCAAUGUCGAAACCUAUAAAGCAAUGCUCAAACAUAAACGGAAACUCACUAAGGCUUUUGAGGAUAAGCCUAUAGCCAAUCCUAUGGGCUUUAUAAAGUCUGACCAAGUUAAAGGGGGUGAAAUCAAACAAGAACUAGAACCUGCUGCUGUCAACCCAGACAUAAUAGACAUGGACAUGGACUAA